CUCUCUGUGGUUCGAGCCUCCUUCCUUCCUUCCGGUCCGGGUCCGGGUAUCGCGCCUGCGCAGGAAGUGCCGCCUCCUUUGCGUCCAGGCCCGGCAGGAAGAUGGCAAAGCGCACCAAGAAAGUUGGGAUUGUGGGUAAAUAUGGUACCCGUUAUGGAGCUUCUCUCAGGAAAAUGGUAAAGAAAAUUGAAAUUAGCCAGCAUGCAAAGUAUACCUGCUCCUUCUGUGGAAAGACCAAAAUGAAGAGGAAAGCUGUAGGUAUCUGGCAUUGCGGAUCCUGUAUGAAGACAGUAGCUGGUGGGGCCUGGACCUAUAACACCACGUCGGCAGUGACAGUGAAAUCUGCCAUCAGAAGACUGAAGGAAUUGAAAGACCAGUAGAAGCUUCUACCUGUUACCAUGAUUCGUACUUUCCUUCUCCAGCGUCUGAAAAUCUCCGUUAUCCUUUUGUCAAUAAAAAGGGUGUAGUGGAAUGGAA